GUCACUUCCGCUUCCUCUCAGCCGGGCGGGUAAUUCGAACGUUGCUGUGUCCGUCGACCCUCCGGGUUGGCGCGAGCCCCGGCGGCGGAGGCAGUGACGGAGAUCGAGACCAAGGCGAAUAUGUCCGAGAGGCGAACGCGGUCCGGAGGGGCCGCCCAACGCUCCGGGCCCAGGACCCCAUCUCCUACUCAGCCUCUGCGGAGGUCCCAGCGGAAAUCAGGCCCUGAUCUCCCGAGCACCCUCCCUGAAAUCUGGCCCAAGGCAUCCCAUGCGGCUCCAGUCAGAAAGCCCAUCGUCUUGAAGAAGAUCGUAGCCCACACUGUCAAGAUCCCACCUGUGAACACGCCUCGAAGGAGCCCAAGGAUUGCUUUUUUCUUGGAGAAGGAAAACAAGCCUCCUAGCAAGGAGCCUGCUAGGGAGGAGCUCUUCAAGACAAGCAGCGUCCCCGUCACGCCCACCCCCACUCCUGUGCUGUGCCCCCUGAGCGUCGAGUCCGACUCCAGGGAAGGAGACCUGGACGCCAGAGACUUGGAAAUGUCAAAGAAAGUCAGGCGAUCCUACAGCCGGCUGGAGACCCUCGGCUCCGCCUCCACCUCCACCCCGGGCCGCCGGUCUUGCUUUGGCUUUGAGGGCCUGCUGGGGUCGGAAGACUUGGCCAGAGUCUCACCGGUGCAGUGUUCAAAGUUCACUGAAGUCCCCAGGGUCCCUGUGAAGCCCUGGGCCCCAGAUACCACUCUCCCUGGAAUCUCCCCACCCACCAUGAAGGAGAAGCGGAAGAAGAAGAAGGUGCCAGAGAUCCUGAAAUCAGAGCUGGAUGAAUGGGCUGCAGCCAUGAAUGCUGAGUUCGAAGCUGCUGAGCAGUUUGAUCUCCUGGUUGAAUGAGAUGUCGUGGGGGCCGUAUUCUCCCCUCCCUUGUACAUAGCUCCUCCCCCCCCCCCCGUGGAGAAGACACUUGGGGUCCCCUCCCCCGGCCUUGUUCCCUGUGCCUGAGCCAUAGCCACUGGAGGCCUGUCCUCUGAAAGCUUGUGCGGGGCGACAGCCAUCUCAGGAAACGGGGCUCCCCUGGCCUGGCCAUGCACUGCUGCCCUACGUCUAAUCUGACCCACCAGCUUCCCCCUCCCUCCCUCCCAGGGGAGCCCAGCCAGUUUCUGGGUGGGCCUCGGACCAGGGAGGAGGGAUGACUGGCCCAGCCGGGGGAGAGGAAAGGGCUGGGGCUGCAGGUGAGAGAGGGCCCGGGCCCCUGUCGGGGAUGGAGCCGCUCUGCACUAGCUCCAGCGGAGACCCGUACAGAGGCCCACGGCGGCCUCAGGAGCCCCCCGCCCCCUGCGUUGUCUUCUCCUGGGGGCUUGGUUCCCGGCCACGAGCCCGUCUGCGUCAAGAGGCUUGGGCUGCCUCUCAGGUUCUGUAGAUGGUCCAGGAGGGAACGCUAGCUGUGAGGACGAAGCCGGACACUGUAGUUUUACCUCGUAAAGGAGGGAGGGAAGCCUCGGUUGGGUCUGAGACCAUGAGCCUUUCUCGGGAAAAGCUGUCCCGUAGCUCCGCUCUGCCGCCGAGAUGUUCGGUUAAAUGCCAGGCUGCUGGGGGCAAGGAGGGUGCCGCGGGACCGGAGGCCCGGGCCUCUGCACGGGGCCGGGAAAGGGGCUGUGGUGGGAGGUGCCCCUCUGGUUACUUACUCACCCAAAAUAAAGUGCAGAGUCUACGCCACUGUAGAGGGAAAACGGGGUCAAAUGAUCCGAAUCCUAGUCCCACUAGCGUUUUGCAGCCACACCUAUAAAGUUCUAGGAGGCGCCUUUUCAUCUGUCAGGAAAGGAGAGGGGUCGGAGGCAGUUUUCACUUUUAGUUUCCUUAGCGUCUGCCCCUGGGAGCGAGUGAGUGCGGGCGUGGGUGUGCUGUCACCUUUCUGGGGAGCCCUGCUCCCCCGCUUCUCCUUUGUCCGUGCUGGUCACGUGCGGCUCACGGAGGCCGCCCCCCCACGGUUCCCGCCGUUCCCCAGGCAGGUGUGUCUUCUGACGUUUGCAGGGCUGUGGAGGUAGAGGGGAGUGGGCAUGGCUAGUGGGUAGCAGAGGUGCAAUGUGCUGGGUUAGGACGCUUGGUGAGCCCGGUGGGCAGCCAGCAAGAGCCCUUGAAAGGCCCAGGGACCGCAGGCUCCCUGCUCAACACUUCAUGCUUUGUCAGACCCCGCCCGCGAGCCCCUUGCUGCGAUGGGCCCGGAGCCCCAGAGCCGGAGGGCUGAAGACUUGUCCUCGCUGGCCGGCGGGCGGAGCGCCCAGCAAGUGCCUCAGUCCCGUGGAGUUGGGGGUGGCUGGGUGCCGUGUUAACGUUGUCACUGCAAAUUCUCUCUGUCCCUGAAAAACUGAGACUGGCGUUUAAGGAGAAACCGUGUUGUUGUUUUAAUAAAAUGUUUUUGAUUACAAAGUU